AUGAUCGGCACUCACGAGGAUCUCGGGCGCGUGGGCAAGCAGUGCCGCGAGCGCUGGAACCACCACCUGCGCCCCGACAUCAACAAGACCCCCUGGACCCUGGCAGAGGAGCAGCUGCUGAUGCAGUUGCACAGGAGGUACGGCAACCGCUGGUCCGAGAUCUCCAAGAUCAUGCCCGGCCGCACCGAGAACGCCAUCAAGAACUUUUGGAACGCCACCCUGCGCCGCAAGGACACCACGCGCGGCAACAACCGCAACGAGAUCGGGGUGGGCCUCGCGCUGCGCGCGUACAUGGUGGACGUCGGCGUCGCACUGCCCACGGCGCCACAGCCGGAGUACCUGCCCCCGCAGCGGCGCGGGCCCCAGCACCCGCGCCCCGCGCCAGCGGUGCCGCGGGGGGCGGCUGCGGCGGCGCGCGAGGGACAGCACCUUGAUGACGGCGAGACGGCGGGUGACGAGGAUGAUUACGAGGAGGGUGACUGCGAAUAUGGCGGCGGCGACGAUAGUUACAACCAGCAGGACGACGAUGAGGCGGAGGGUGAGGCCGCUGGUCACGCCGCGCCGCCCGAGCUCAGCGCCUUUGCGGCUGGCCACGGCAUCCCGGCCUUCCGCGUGCCGGCCACCAAGCGGCGCGUCUCAGUGACUGGCGGCGGCACGGCGGACAAGGGCGACAGCGACGCAGAGUGGCACCCCCCAAACCACGGCAGCCCGAUGGUGAUGACAUCACGCGGCUCUGUCGCUGGCGGGGUGCACGCCCCGCCCCCGCUGUCGCCGCUGGCCGGCGCACCCUUCCUGCCUGCCAUCCCUUCGCCCACCAAGCGGCACAGGCCAAGCACCGGGGGCACGCAAGCACGAGAGGAGGCACGCGUUGGUUCUGCUGCUGCUGCAACUGCUACUGCUGCGGGUGCUGGUGCUAUCACUGCUGCUGCCGCUGCUGCUGCUGCGGCUGCUCCUGCUGGGGAGAGCGCGUUAUCCCCCAUCAGCGAGGGCGCCCCGCGGCCCUCCCAGGGCAGCCCCGCCCCCAGCAGCGGCACCAACACGCCGCUCGCGCUGCGCCGCGGCUCGCCGUCCCUCGUCGGCCGGGGCGUAGGCCCGAGCAGCGAUGGAGGCAGCGCCGUCAGCAGCGGCGGUUCAUGGCAAGCCCCGGGUAGUGUGCCCUCGGCGACCUGCGCGCCGCUGUUUGGUGGCGUCGGAGUCAAUGUGUCGCAGGCCGACGUGAUUAUUGCAUUCGUGGCGGCCCUGGCGCAGCAGCACAUGCAGCAGCAGGCGCUCCACCAGGCGCAGCAGCAGGCGGCGCGGCAGCAGCGGCUGGAGGUGGCCGCCCUGCAGGCGCUGGCCGCGCAGCACCUGGCGCAGCAGCAGCUGUUCCAGGAGCAGCGGGCGCGGCAGCAGGCCGCGCGGCAGUCGAUGAAGGAGGAGAUAGGGAAGGGGCAUUGCCCUGCACCGCCGUGCGCGUCUGAUGACGGGGGCGAGGUGGAGUCUGAUGCGCAGGUGGCUGAGAUGAUGCUCAGCCUCAGGAACAGCGGCGCGUGA